GUAGAUUACCUGCUGGUGCGUUUGUCCAUUCGUUUGAAAAUGAUUACCAGGCUCAGCAAUACGGGUCUAGUUUUGGCCCAUAUCCCAGGGCCCCUAUGCACGAUAUGACAGCCUUGUUAUGAAUUGGCUUGUAUACAACUCACAACUGAUCACUGGGCAUGCGCAUUGAUGUUAUUGGACAAGUACAUAACUUAAGGAAAGGCAUACUUGUGUAAGUUUCGACAAUUUGUCUGGACCGACUGACUGCAAAUUUCCACCAACAACAAUGGCUUGGCGAUCGACGGCUACCUCCACAUCGGACCCCGCAAAAGAACCUGGGGUCGAAGUCGCCUACUAUAACCCCAAGAAAAAAUCUGAAGCUUCCGAUGCUUCCGAUGCUGAAGAAGAGCAAAUCUUGAAAGUGGUAAACGUCGAGUUCAAUAUUCCUUUAAACACCAAGAAGCAUCGUACUGACAAAUUCGAAAUCACGGAAAGCGACCGAGAAGAGCCACAAUUGGUUUUGAGAAGAGGACAGCCAUUUGAUAUCACAGUCGAAUUCAAUCGACCUUUCGUAGAUGAAACAGAUGAUAUUAAGCUGUACUUUCUCUUAGGCAAAAGGCCAAAUAGAAGGAGUGGAACCUAUGUUUCCUUGAAGCUCCACGAUGAGGACCUACCGAAACAAUGGGGGGCGAAACCGAUAAAAAACAAUGGGAAUUAUCUGACUGUCACAGUAUACACGCCCCCGGAUAUGAUCGUUGGGAAAUGGAACUUUCAAUUUAGCUCGAUGAAAAGAGAAGGCUUAUUGAAGAAGUAUAUGUACAAUGGAGAUGACGAUGUGUAUAUACUUUUCAACCCAUGGUGUCCAGAUGAUCAAGUAUUCUUGAAUGAUCCUGCACUACUUGAGGAAUACAUUUUGAAUGAGAGUGGAAAAAUAUACUCGGGAACGUGGAACAAUAUCCGCCCCAAGCCGUGGAAUUUUGGCCAGUUUGAGGACUUCAUGCUCGAUUGCUGUUUCUAUCUACUUGAGCAGUCUGGAAUGGUUGAAAAGCGAAUGAAUAACCCAGUCCUUGUGGCUAGAAAAAUAUCUUCGAUUGUAAAUGCACAAGAUAACAAUGGGGUUUUGGUGGGUAAUUGGAGCGGAGAUUACUCUGGCGGGACCUCACCAUUAGCCUGGGGUGGCUCAGUUAAAAUCUUGGAAGAAUAUUGGCGAACAAAGAAAUCUGUUAGCUUUGGACAGUGUUGGGUGUUCUCUGGUGUUGUCACUUCAAUUUGCAGAUGUCUCGGAAUUCCUGUAAGAAGUGUGACGAAUUUUGCCUCAGCUCACGACACUGAUGCGAGCCUUACUAUAGAUAACUACUGGAGUUGGGAUAACCAGCCGCUGGAAGAAUAUAAUAACGACUCCAUCUGGAACUUCCACGUCUGGAAUGAUGUGUGGAUGGCCAGACCAGACCUCCCAGAAGGAUGUAAUGGUUGGCAAGCAAUUGAUGCAACGCCUCAGGAAACGAGCGAAGGCUUAUAUUGCGCUGGUCCCUGUUCAUUGAACGCCAUUAAAGAUGGUCUCGUAGACCUGCCUUACGACGCGCGGUUUAUGUUUGCCGAGGUGAAUGCAGAUCGUGUUCACUGGAUAUAUGGAAAGGAUGGUCGAUACCAAAAGCAGUUUCAGCAAAACACGAUUGGAAGAUGCAUCAGCACGAAGGCACCGAGUAGUAAAGCUACAAGAUGGUCUGAUAGAGAAGAUAUCACACAUGUAUACAAGUACAGAGAAGGAACUCUGAUGGAGAGGACAGCAGUUUGGCACGCUGCAAGCACCGACGAAAAUACUAAAAACUUGUACAACCAGAAAGACAAUGAUGUGUUCAUGGACAUGAUCGACUCUGACAAUGUCUUGAUUGGAGAUCCCGUCAAAGUGACUUUUAAGAUAAAGAAUAAUUCGGACAAAGUACGCAAUGUAGACGUCAUGGUUACGGCGAAGGUUGUAGCGUACACCGGCGUGCCGGGUACUCAGGUGAAACAGCUUAAAGACAGUGUGAGUCUUCAACCUGGACAAGAGAGUUACUUAUAUUUGAAUAUCAAACCAACCGAUUACCUUGAUAAACUGGUCGACAUGGCCAUGAUGAGGAUGCACGCACUGGCACGCGUUGUUGAGACAAACCAGGUAUAUUGUGAAGUCGACGAUUUCCGAUUAAAGAAGCCUGAUAUUAUUAUUACUGCCCCAGAGUCCGUAGUUGUCGGUGAAGAGUUCAUUGUGCGAGCUGAAUUCAAGAAUCCCCUUCUGAAACCACUGACCAGAGGCGAGUUCACAGUUGAAGGACCUGGGCUGCAGAAACCAUUAAAGAUUAUUUGCCGUGAGUCCAUUGCAUCCGGAGAGGUUGUCAAGGUUUCGUCCGACAAGUUAACAGCUAAGAAACCUGGUGAAAGAGUAUUGAUCGUUACCUUCGAUUCCCUGGAACUAUCUGACUUGGCUGACGAUGCUGAUAUCCUUGUCAAACCAGCAUAGAUCGGUGAUCGAAAUCAGAUAAUUGGAUCCUGUCAUUCUAAUCACUUCUAUGCUGAAUUCGAUUGGUUUGAAAGAUGACGACAUACACGCACUCUUAUACGGACACUUUUCUUUAAAAGUUACUCAAUUUGAAAUUAUUGAAUGAAAUCAUUUGUAUACAAAUUACAUGUACUUGGUAUUUCUGGUUUCUUUAUGGACAUAUUAUGAACGUUAUAUAUAUACCACUCAGUUGAAUACACGUUAUACCGCGGUAGUUGGAAGUUGUACAUUGUACAAAAAGUAAUAAAUAUAAGGCUAGGAAAGAUCCGUGUAGAAUUUCAUUUCUACAUGGAUACUGAGCAUGCGAUUGGUCAGAAGGCGGAGCGCUGGUAAUUUUACGAAUUUUA